AUGACGAAGCACGUCGAAAUUCUGGACUUGUCUCACACGUCCAAGGUGUAUCACUCACCGGCAACCAUCACCAGCCCCAAUACCAGACUUGUCCAUGUUUCUGGCCAAAUUGGCGCGACAAAGUCGGGCUAUGUUCCGGCUGACUAUGAGUCCCAGCUUCAUUUGGCUAUAUUCAAUCUGCGCAAAAUAAUGAUUGCUGCUGGGGCAUCGGUGAAGGACCUUGCCAAAGCGACUUUGUACGUCGUGAAUUACGAUCCUAAGACACGCAAGCAUGCUCGCCAAAUGCAGCGUUUUUACGGAAAACACAGACCAGCCAUGACCUUGGUGCCCCUUACUCAGCUGGCGCACCCGUCAUGGCUGGUCGAAAUCGACGCUGUCAUCGCUAUUCCCAACCGGGCGCCGUCGAUUCCGCUCUCUAUAUCGCAGCCUACACAAAGCACAGACGUCAUUAUCGUCGGUGCGGGUCUAGCAGGACUUGCAGCUGCACGAAAAGUGACAGAGGCUGGCCUUUCGUGUGUGGUUGUCGAAGCUCGUGACCGCGUGGGCGGCAGGACCUACAGUCUACCUAUCCCUGAUGGCCGACCGGGUGUUAUCGAGGCGGGCGCCGCCUGGAUUAACGACGUCAACCAGACUCGUAUGAUUAGCCUCGUCCGCGAAUUUGGUCUUGAGACGACCGAGCAAAAUACCACCGGCAACUGUGCUCUCCAGGACACCGAUGGUAGCGUUUCGUCCUUUGCGUACGGCGAAGUUCCUAAUUUCGAUGCCGCUUCCGUCGAAAGUGUCAUCAUGAUUCGCGAUGGGACAGAAGCUGCCAGCCAAGCUGUUGACUGCUGGGAGCCCAGGAGCACUGAACUGGACAGCAUGACCUUUGAGGCUUACUUGAGAUCUCGUGGUGCGACGGAAAAGGCCAUCUUGACGGCUACUGUUUGGACUCGCGCUAUGCUUGGCGUUGACCCUCGCGACCUGUCCACUUUAUUCUUCCUCAACUACUGCAAGUCUGGUGGCGGCCUCCUCAAUAUGCGCUCAGACCGCAAAGGAGGCGGUCAACAUCUGCGCAUCCGCCAAGGAACGCAGACAGUGUCGAAAAAGCUCGCCUCGAUCCUUCCGCCUCACUCCCUUCGCCUCAACGCGCAGGUCAAACAGAUCGUCCAGGACGGUCCACACGGGGUUGUCGUAACAACUGGCGACGGCUCUGCUUUCAGCGGCCGAAAACUCAUUUCCACAGUUCCUAGCCCAGUCCUAAAGAAUAUCGAAUGGCAACCUCCACUUCACCCUGCGAAGCUCGCCUGGUCCGAAGCUGCUGGAUACGGUUUUUACUGCAAAGCCAUGAUGGUCUUCAAGUCACCUUUCUGGAUCGCCAAGGGCUUCUGCGGUCUGGCGCAGUCCUUUACUGGCCCUGCAGCUGUCGUUCGCGACUCUUGCAGCCCUCAAGAUAACGUUGCGGUACUCACUUGUUUCAUGGCUGGGCCCCCUGCCCAAGAGUGGUCUCUCCUACCCAACGAGGCACGUAUCGAGAAGCUGCUCCACCAGCUCGAGCAACUGUUCAACGUGCAAGAUUUAGGAAAUUCAGAAUUCGUAGAUAUGGUGCUAUACGAGUGGCUCGGCGAUGAGUUCUCCGGCUAUGGUUGCCCAUGCGCUUAUUUGCCGCCAGGUGUCCUCGACUCGCUGGGCCCUAACGCCCUCCGUGAACCCACGGGCAAUCUGCACUUUGCGGGAACGGAAACUUCGGGCGAGUGGAAGGGAUACAUGGAGGGUGCUGUCCUAAGCGGCGAACGCGCAGCUAAAGAGGUUAUCAAGGGACUGAGCUUCGGCGGGUUGUCGCGACUUUGA